AAUUUUAUGUUCCGGAAAUAUGGAAUCUGAUACCAUGGCUGAGUCGAUGUUGCCGACAGAAACCGUGACAGUUUUGGAAGAAUCGCCGACCUUUGAGGAGGACUCCAUUCCCACGGAUGUGUUGGUCCAGCGACAGUUGCAGGACGUCAUUUUGACUCAGAAAUCAGUCAUAGAGAGGCUCAGCGACGAUCUUUCACUUCAAGAGACAACCCUGAGGGAAAGUUUUCUCUCCAGAGAUACUUACGAGGAGGAUCUUCGCAAACUGGAGCGAUCAGUGCAAGAGGAUUAUAUUAGCAAGGCAGACUACACAGAACUGGAGUCACAGCUAGAGGAGGAAAGAAAAGAACAUUCCAAGACCCGCACAGCUCUGCAAGAGGUGACGGACAGACUAGAGUUUGCUCUUGGAGAAGUUGAAAUUUUAACUAAACAGUUAGCCAGAGAGAAAGAGGCAUUCCAAAGAGCAUUCGGUGAUGUACGAUCCAAAGCAAUGCAAGAAACAUCAAAGAAUAUCAAAUUAGAAACGAAAUGUACAGAAAUAAGUAAAAAAGUAGAGCAACAAGAAAAGGUUUUGAGCAACAAGAAGGAGGCAAUAGAAAAGUUAGAGAAGAAAUUAAAAGAAAAGGAAAUAGAGCACAAGAAACAAGUGACGGAGCUGGAGAUUGAGAAAAAACAGCAGCAAUACAUCAACCGGCUGAUGGAAGAGCAAGAGCAGAAGAAAAAGACCCGGGACAGACUGCUGGCAGUACCCAAAACCAAGAGGUGACCAUGGGGAACACACUGGAUCAUUGACAGAGGAAGGUGUGACUCAGUGUAGUGUUAAUAGGAACUUGUGAAAUCAUUGUUUUAGUCCGUCCAAUAUACCUCAUGAUCAGGUGAUAUACUAUAAACAAGGAUAUUUUCACCCUGUGCAUUUUUUGCCCUUUCACACUUGCAAACAGUUUGCCCCAUCUUGAAUUCGCUCAGGCACAGAUGUGUUUAAAAAGAGUUUAAGAUUUAAGAUAUUGGAAUUUGCCCAGUCUUAAAUUCGCCCACCGACAAUUAAGGCAAAAGGGGCAGAAAUAAAAAUGGGCAAAUAUUUCCCUGCGUACAGAAUGUGUAAUGUGUAGUUGUUUAUGUUGAUACAUUGUAUAUUAUUGCAUGAGAGAGAGAGAGAGAGAGAGAGAGAGAGAGAGAGAGAGAGAGAUAUUUAUGGAAGCUUUUGAUAGUCAUGUUGUUGGGUGCUUAAAAAAGAUAAGUAUCUUGAUAUUGUAGAACAAAUCAACAAUUUUAUACUUGUGUAUUAAGGGAUAGUUAUGUUCUGGUAUGUUUCAAAAUCACUGCCAAAAUAUGACAUAGCUGCAGUAUUUCUCCAUCUCAAUCUGAUAUGAAGUCAUAAAAAGUAAUUGGUCA